CACUGGAGGCGACCCCCCGCUCCUGGCACUGCCACCCAUGGCUUGGCUGUGGCUCCUGGUCCUGCUGGCCCUGGUCAGGCCCGUGGGUGGCACCUGGGACACCUGCGGAGGGACCUGCGGGCUCCGGCCCAUGGCUUCCGACCACAACUCCCUGCUGCCCGACUACGACCCCGCAGAUGCUGCCGAUGGACCUUUGGAGUCUUCCGACGGCACCGCAUGGGGAACAGGGGGAGUCACUGUCCGUUCAGGGGCCUGGCCUGGCAUCGUCAGCAUCCAGGCCAGCUGGGAGAACGGCACAUGGCACAUGUGUGCAGGGGCCCUCAUCCACCCCAAGUGGGUCCUCACGGUCGCCCACUGCUUCUUCGGGGUUGGGGAUGUCUCCAAAUGGGAGGUGGUGCUUGGGGCCACUGAUCUGACCGAGCUGGGCCCCGAGGCAGAGUUGCACCGCAUCCAGAGGCUCCUGGUGCACCAGCACUAUGCACCUGCCUUGGCAAGGAACAACAUCGCCCUGCUGGAGCUGGACGAGCCCGUGGAGUGCAGCGACUACAUCCAGCUGGGCUGUGUGCCCAACACUCCCCUGAGCGUGUCACAGAUGAAAACCUGCUACAUCGCGGGCUGGAGAACCACCUUGGAUAGUGCUCUCAGACCACGCCUGGUGCUGCAGGAGGCCAAGGUGCGGCUCAUCGAUGUGCAGCUCUGCAACAGCAGCCGCUGGUACGGGGGGGCCGUGCACCCCCACGACCUGUGCGCUGGGUACCCGCGGGGCGGCAUCGACACCUGCCAGGGGGACAGCGGGGGUCCCCUGGUCUGCAAGGACAUGAGAGCCGACUACUUCUGGUUCGUGGGAAUGACCAGCUGGGGAAAAGGCUGUGCUGGGGCCAAACGACCCGGGAUCUUCACCUCCACCCAGGAAUUCCACAACUGGAUCCUGAUCCAGAUGGGAUUGCUCCCAGUAGUAACAGCCAUUCCAACGCCAGAACCAACCACUACCUCGACUCCUGAGCAGAAUCCAGAGCCAGAGUCCAUCCUGACAUCUAUGGAGACACUGAUGCCAAUGGAACUGGGAAAUUUUACAGCCAUUUCAAUCCAACAGCAGAUACUGGGGCAAUUCUUCAACCUGCUCCUGGAGCUCCUGCAGUUCCUAAGGGCCAAAAUGGAUUGAUCAGAAGGAUGAGCAGAUCCAGUUCUGGCUGCAGUGGACUAAGACCAUUCCCUGUUGGGGCCACAACUGUGGGGUCAAAGGCAGCCCUGGUGCCCAGGGCUGCUGUCCUGCCCAUGCUCCUCCCCUGAGCCCACCCUGAUGGUGAAGUUUAGUGUCCUACUGAAAUAAAGUUGUUUGUGUUCCCCAUUUA